CCGACAAUGCGGGCCCGUUGCACCGUUGCAGGACCGUUAGACCACUCGGCUUUGCUUGGCAUGACCCACCCUGCACCGAAGGUGACAACCUGGAAUGAUUCCAACUCCCCUGCUGGAGACUUGGCCGCAUCGCUACACAGUACAGCAGCAUCAACAACCCGCCAUGAAUGAGGCAAGUCGCGUGUCGAGUUCUCGGUAACACCGCACCAUUAUCUUACCGGGGAGAUCUCGCGACAAUGGUACUGGUACUUUCACCGGCCAAGCUCGUGCUGCUGGCCGUCCACUUCGCUGCCCAAGCCGACGUCGCCAGCUUGGCUGCCCUCGCUGCUCACCAUGCUACAAUCCUUCGGAAGGACCUGCUGCUGCGCAUCCUUCUCACGUACCUGCCCGAGACGCUUCCGUCCGCUCAGUACGUGGGCUUUAUCCAACGUCUUGAAAGCGGCACUUUCCCGGACACGGCCAGCCACGAUGUCGACUGCUCGGUCGUCGAGAGCAUCCCCGAAGAAGAAGCUGCAAGAAAAGUCAGGAAGCUUCGACUGCUAUCUCUUGCGCUUAACGAAGCAGCUGGAGAGUCAAUAGAAGAUGUCGUUACUGCGUUUUUACUGCGUCGGUCAUACAAGGUUGACGAGGAGGCAGGGCUGCUCGACGAACUGCCCGGCCUGCUCAUGCCGUUUCUGGACCAUUCGCCGUGCAUUCGGACCAUGCUAGUUUCAACAUUACUACCACUCCUGAGGCGGAACUGCGAAUACUACCCCCAAAACCCCGUUGCGUACACACUCCAAGGGUUUCAGCAGCUGCCGGACCGUGUAGCCGUCAACCUCCUGCUGUCACAGACUGGAAUUGGCGAGGGCGGCCUUUCGCUCGUUGGAAGGGAUUUGAAGGGCCUAAUCGGACCGUGGCUGCUUGACGAGAGGAGGUGGAAUCGCGAGAAACAUAGUCCAGGCUCGACAGAAGACCCAACGCCAGGUAAUGAAAACGAGAAAGAUGACGGUGUCUGCCCUGGAUGGGACGAGCUCCUUCGAUGGCUCACAACGCAAGCGUGGCGAAAUUGGCGGGUGGCUGUAAAUGCAAUCCAGCAGUGGAAUGGCCCGACAGAUGUCGACCUUGGCGGCUGUGGAGUUAUGGAGCUCAGUGACAGUCAACGGGACCAUCUCGAGCAGAGCUAUGCAAGGGCGGCACUGGCAUGCGCAUAUCUCCUCCCAGAGGCGUCUCUUGAAGCUCUUGAUGGGGCGUAUAGCAUCAUUGCAAAAGUCUCCAAUAUGAAGGGUCUAGAACCCCUAUCCCCGCUGGCCUCAGCUCUCGCUCUCCUACCACCUCUCACCGAGCAGAUCUCAGAAGACAUUGCGUCGGUUAGAAAUGCGAACUAUAUGCGAAGCGACCUUAUUAGCACUUCUAAUGUUCUGACAACACCGACGAAUACAUCAACGACGUUCCUGCAAGCCCUUAUCCUGAGCGCCCACAUACUUACCAAAGCAGGCUGUCCCUGCACCGUGCGCAGAGCCGGAGAGCUGGCGAUGCUAAAGGAUGAGCGAGAACAAACGGCCGAGGUAACGAAGCUGAUCCAUGCUCUCAGUAACAACGGGCCCAAGACCGAGGACAAAUUCUGGAUCAAAGCGAGGAACGAAAUCCUGUGGCUGAGCGAUUGGGGGGGAGAAGAUAGUUGGGCUCAGGCAGAUGCCGCACCCCAGGGCAUCUUCAGCCAGGUGGAGCGAGACUUCUUGGAGGGCGAGAUAUUGAAGGCAUUGCUUGCCAAUACACGAUACACGCUCGCACGGUCCAUAUACGAAGACGCCGCAGAUCGCCCUUUGGACAAGGAUGUGUUGCAAGAAAUCGUUUACGCUACGGCCAUGACCGCCUACGACAACGCCUCGAACCCCAAUCGCACGCGCGGCGGUGUCAAGAGGUGCGAUGACAUAAUAAAAGCGUUCCCCAAGACCAUCGAAAAGACAAGUCCUGUCGCGAAGCGGAUUGAAGCUCUUCUUCAAGCCACCCAUGCCUUGAGUGACUACCGCCUUGUGCUUAAGCAAGGCGAGCCAUUUACGCCCGUCGUGCUGCGAGUACACACAGACCCGAUCUCCAUCAUUGGGAAGGUACUCGGGCAGAACCCUAAGAGUUACACGCAGAUUCAGACUCUCCUUGACAUUGGAGCUCGCAUGGUAGCAGCCGGCCUCACGCUGCCAGCUCGCGACAAGAUUCCUUACCACAGUCCCAUACCCCCGGAAGAAGAAGCUACUCAGCGCUCCGCCGCCGAAAGACGCAUCACAGCCAUGUGCAUCGAUGCUGCCUUGACAGAAGAUGAUUUUGAGACGGCCUACUCGUAUGUCGUCAAUCGCCUCUCUCCACUCAGCGCUACCCCCUUGCCGGCCACAGACGAUUACUCGUGGAAAGCCGCCUUGCAAGCAGGCAAAUACCGGCGUACCGCGCGUACUCUGCGCCCCACGCACGUGGGCACAGGCAGUGCCAACCCAGACGUUCGCCAUCUUGAACAACGCAUAGAAUGCCUUGCCACAGCGCUGCGCAUUGCUCCGUCCCCGACUCUGCAGGAGAUAAUAAACGCUUUUCGCCGUGCCGAAGAGGAGUUGGAUGCCGCUCUGCUGGCUGAGCAGCAGCAGGAGGAGGAGUGGGAUACGAGGGGCGAUAGCAUGCGCAGCAGUGGUGGUGUUGGUGGUAUGCCAGGGGCGUUUGGUACAAGUAAACAGUCCUCAAGUCUGUCAGCUAGUACCGCCUCAUCAUCGCCAUUACCAUCAUCCCGGCGGCAGAAGGCGGCGCCAGCCGAAGAAGCACCCAUGUCAUUAUUUGAUCUUAGCAGAGCUAGCGUGCUGUCAGCGCAACGCAACUUUUCUGCCCUGUCAGGCUUGCAGAGGACGGCUGGGUUUGGUGGACGGCUUAGCGGAGGGGAUGGAAGCGGUAGCGCAAGGAGUAGUCUUGAGCAGCAACCGCAGUCACCGACAUCGGCAAGCGGAGGGGAGGACACGAACAAACGAGUGCGCAAGAGGGACCAGUUGAGGGAGGCGGCCAUGGGUACACUUGUUUCAGGGGUUGGCUGGCUCGUCGGAGCGCCGCCCCCUACGCAUACGGCGGGAAGAGAAUAAAUGGAUGCAAAUUCGUGGUCUCGUUUGGACCAUCAUCCCGCUUCCCGCGUUCCUCAUCUCUAACAACGGGGCAGGAUCACCUGAAGGACUCUUGUAAAACCUUCGUACUUCGUAGUGACUCUUGGAGUAUCCCUGACGGCGGUUUCACAAGUCGUGAGAGAAGUACGGUACCACGUCAUCUGAAGAGAAGCUUGUAAUUGUACCUAUCCCAUCCUCAACAUGAACGCAGGCUGUCAAGGGAAGAAGGGGCUAUCAAGCAUCAAGCAAU